AUGGAGCAGAACAACAGCAACGUAGAAGAUUUCUCCCUUAAUGUAUUUUCUGUCACUCCUUAUCAGCCUAACAACAGAUCUGAUGUCAUGGUGUCAGAUGGUGACAAAGCUGGUGCCACUUUGCUCUUUUCAGGUGUGUUUUUGGGGCUGGUGGGAAUCACAUUCACUGUGAUGGGAUGGAUAAAGUACGAUGGCAUUACUCACCUGGAAUGGACUCAGCUACUGGGGCCUAUUCUGCUGUCUGUUGGGGUCACUUUUAUUCUAAUUGCUGUUUGCAAAUUCCACAUGCUUACAUGCAAAUCCUGUAAAGAGAGAGACGAAAAUACAUCGGACGUCGACCAGACAUCAAGUGGACAGUCCUUUGUUUUCACUGGAAUUAACCAGCCUAUAACUUUCCACGGUGCUACAGUGGUACAAUAUAUUCCUCCACCAUACCCAGCCCAGGAAGGCAUUGCAGUGAAUCCAACCUACCUGCACCCCGUGCUCAGCUGCUGCAGCGCUGGUUCCUCUGGUGCCUCACCAAUUCCUACACCGGACUCUCCUCAGUUCUGCUCUGCCUACCCUCUCGAUAACCCAGCUUUUACACAGGAUGAGAACUACUCUGCUUAUCUCACAGAAGACACACGGACGCAGAGGUCAGAAGACAGUUUUGAUGAGCCAGAAGAAUUUAUAGAAGACUAUGCCUGCAAUGAUCUGUCACCCCCCCGUUAUGAGGAAAUAUACCCACUGCCUUCAAGAAGACCUAGUUCACUGGUGGGUAAGCCCAGUCUGCAGAUAGGACUUCCUCUGCUUGGUUCACCAGCAGCACCCGGUUGGGAGCCCGACAGGUAUUUCCUGCCUCUCUCCUUGGAGGGCUCAAGCCAAGCGCUGCUGGAGGGCAAUGGUCACAGUCCAGAGCAAGGGAUUUGUGUGGCUGGUCACUGUCCUGGCUCGAGCUGCACAGCUGAAGGCAACAAUCAAUUCCUGGACGCACGAACUUGCCAACACAACCGCUCCGGUUCCAGCCAGUUGUUGUUAAUGUGUGAGGACUUGCUCACUCAGAAGCAAACUUCAUGCAGAGAGGCCCCCGGAGACAACGCACCACAGCACCCGGCCGGAGAGUGCUCAGGAGCCCGUGCGGAGGGCGGCCUUGGCAUGAGGCUCUCCAGGCCGGCUGAGGGGCUGGUGGUGCCCAGGGUUGUGUCCAUCUCCCAGGGUCUCUGUGCAGCGGGUCCAGGGCAGCCAGAGCCCCAAGAGGUGGCGCAGGGCCCCGCAUAUUUUCCCUCGAAAGCAGAGGUUCGGACAUUUCUUGAGCCUUCUACAAAGAACCAGCAUCUGCUUUAUCGCAGAGAAUUGUAUGCCCUUGUGCUCUGUUGCAGACGCGUGGCUUUUCUUCCUUCUGCCUUCCAAGCUGGCUGCACUGGACGGCCUGCUCGGGAAGACGGUACACUCACAG